GCAAAGCAAUCCCUCCCAUCCCAUCCCAACUCAAGGGAAGGGAGGAAGGAAGCGGCUCUCACCAGGAGCUCCAACCCCAGCUAAUUCCAAGCAAGCUCCGUGGCUCCGUCAGUCGCCCCAAUCUCGGUUUUGGAUAAUCUUGCUCGUGCCGUUCAGGGGAGCCGCUUACUGAGUCCUGAUAAUGUGAACAGCAUCUCACCGAAUUCCGUGUGUCUGGACGCGUAGACCUCGAGUAAACGCAGCCUCCCCACCAAUUCCUCCCCGCCAAAAUGUGCCUCACACUACGGCGGAUCCUCGGUCUCUUUAGUUUACAACACGUCGCCUCCUUCCUGGCCGCAAAUCUAGUGAUAGCCAAAAAAUGCUCUUUAGGUCGCCUGACGUAAUUAAAGCGCGCUGCCGCAAGGCCCUUCUAGGCUUAGGACGGCUCUUGCCGACAGCUCUCGCCGACACACCGCGCGACGCGAGGAUACGCUCGCUUGCGCACAUAGCUCCAUCCCCGGUAUAUGCCUCUAUUCAUCCGAACAUUCCGCCGUGACGCGCGCUCCACUCGUCCCCACUCGUCCUUCCCAAUGUCAGCGACUCAAUUCUCAUCAACGGUUCCAUCCUUUCGCGGGUCGGACCCUAGUAGGCCUCCCUUUCACCAGUAGUAGCUGCCCGUGCCCCGUUAAUUCGCUGGACGCCGGACGCAGGACCUCACCUCUGAACCGUUAAUUGCAGUCCCUCAGAGCCCCCUGUGCCCCACAACCAUGGCUCCCGUGCUCUCAUCCGCGCCUCGGUUGUUCACCGGACUCUCCCCCACCUCCUCCUCCUCCGCCUCAGCCCGGCAGCAGCAGGAGCCGCCGCUCGAUCCCGUAGCGCGGCGCCGCCUCGAGAUCGACGCGCAGGGCCGCCCCUCUACCGCCUCCGCCGCCGGCGGCGCCGGUGCUUCCCCCGCCGUGCAUCCCCCCCAUCUCCGCCACCCCGCCGGCCGACACAGCGACCCCAACGUCGUCGCUGCCUUUGCCGCGGGCGCCGCCGGCGGGACCGCUUCUGCUGCUGCUGCCGGUGGUGGUGGCGGUGGCGGUGGUGGUGAUGGCGUUGGGCUAGUAGGCGACGCGGCGGGGAAUGUGGAGAGUGAUAUGGAGACUGAGUUAACCCUGCAUCUUGACUUUGACCGGAUCUUUCGCAAGAGCUCCAGCGGUCGUCACAGCAAGUCGUUGUCGCUUCCGUCGCACGGCGAGCAUCGCAACCCGUCGCAGCAGAUUCAUCAACAGCAGCAGCAGCAGCAGGAGCAGCAGCAGUCGCAACUGCCCUCGCACUUGCAUGUGCAGCAGCAGCUGGAGCAGCAAGGAGCGAAACUUCAUCACCAGCAAUCAGGCGCGGGAAAAGCGGCACAGUCGGGCACGGGGCGGCAAGGGAUCGCCGGAGGUUUCAAUAAGCUCUGGUCCGCCCUGUCGUCAGGACUACCGUCGUCUGCGAAAGGCUCUGCGACAGUCCCUGCGACGCCGCCGCUGUCGUCCAAGACCCCCAAGAGCAUCCACGAAUGGCCCGAGGACGACGUUGCUACGCCCGGCGACGUCGCAGCCCCCGUUACAAGCACAUCCGGGUGGUCCCCCCUCCCCCGACCCUCCACUCUUUCCGGUUGCGCGUCUGCCGGCGCGCAGGGCUUUGACUCCGGGAGCGAUUCGGAGGGAGAAAGAGGACUAACGGCAACACCCUCGGGCGCGCGGGGACCUACAACUAGGGGGGCUUAUAGCGGAGCUAGUACUAGCGGGGCGAAAGACGGUGCGUUUGGCGCGUCGUGGAGGGAAGCUCGCCCGCGUGCUUUACGGCAUGACGGCAGCAGCAGCAGCCGCUCCGGCAGCGGCGCCGGCAGAAGCAGCGGAAGCGGCAGCGGAAGCGGGAGCGCUUCCGCGGCGACGGCGGACCUUGAAGCCGAGGCGCGGAGGGUUUCUUUGCCCGAAUCGCUGCUUGGCGGGGGCGGACUGGCGGAGCCGGAGCGCGCCGACCGCGGCGGGCGCGGGCGGAUUGGCGCAAUGGUGGGCGCAGUCGCGGCGGUGGCGGCGCUGGGGAGCGGCGCGCGGUCGUCUGGUGGCGGCGGGCGGCGGAUGUUUAAGAGCAAGUCUCUCACCGACCAGCGCUUCCCGCACGCGGCAGCAACGGCGGCAGCGGGCGCCGGAGGACCGCGGACUCCGGUAACGGCGGGCGCAAUGUCCGGGUUCCCCCCCGCGGUUCUGCCCGCGGCGGCCUCGGCGCGCCGAACGACUAAGAGCGUCUCGCUGUCGGAGUCCGCUUGGGCCUCUGGAGGCGCGGGCGCGGCGGCAAACGCGGUUCUCGGGGGAGGCGGACGCCCGCCAGUUGCGCCGACGGCGCUGACUACUUCGCGGGGGGCAGCGGAUGGCGCAGGGGCAGGCGGAGGCGGAGGCGGAGGCGGCGGGGGCGAUGGCGAGAGAGAGCGCGCGGGGGAACGCGGGGGAGCAGAGGCGGGUGCGCCUAUUAGUCCGCUGCUGGGCGGAGCGAGUCUCUGGAGCUACGGCAAGGGGAAGCGGAAGAGCAAGUCAGGGCCGGUGCGCCUGCGCAAGGGGCAGGCUGCUGCCGCCGCUGCUGCAGCGGCUGCGCGCGCGGCUGGGGGCAGCAGCAGAGGGGAGCGGAGGGCGGCGUCCCCACCUCCGCGGACCUCCCUCCUCCGCAGCAGCUUGGACUGGGAUGCGCGCGCGCAGCAGCUGCGGGCAAGCGGGCUUGAGGCACCGGCCAGUCAUAGACAGGUGUCACGCGAGAGGUACGGAGAUGAGCCGGGGGAGGGGGGGGAGCAGGGGGAGUUGGGGGAGUUGGAAGAUUUGGGCAGGCGGGAGCGGCAGGCCAAUGCAGAGGUUGAUGCGCAGCCGCCGCCUUUGGUGGCAUUGGGGUUGGCGGUGCGGAGACCCGGAGGGAGCGGCGCAGCAGACGCGCCUGUCGAUGGGUUGGUGGGCGAGAGAGGACGGCAGGGGGAAACAGGUGGGGGAAGCGCUGGGAUAGUAGGAGGAGGAGGAGGCGGAGGAGAAGGAGAAGGAGGAACAACCAUGGGUGGAGAUGGUGGGUGGAGUAAGCCAGGUGGGAGCAGGAGCGACACGCAAGUAGGGGAGGGACCAGGCGUGGACGCGGGCGACUUUUCGAUACCGCUGCUACCUUCCCCAACAGUCCCCGCACCAGCUACUACCAGUUGUAGUAAUAGUAACAGUAAUACUAGUAGUACUCUAUGGAAGCAUGGGCUGGGCAGGCGCAAGAGCAAGUCAGGGCCGCUACACCCGCGCAGACCACAGGGGGGGGGUUCCAGUGCGGGGGAAGGAGGGUCAGGCGCUGGGGGGAUUAUGGGCGGUGCCCGCCGCGCUGCCUCGCCCCCCCCCCCUCAGGGGAGGCGCCAGCUUGCGGACGGGUUGGGGGGAGGGCUUGCGGAAGAGGGGGAGGUGGGGGAUGGUGAAAGGGGGAAGCUGGGAGGGAUGGCCAGUGGUGGUGGUGGUGGUGGUGGUGGUGGUUCUACUGCUGUUGCUGCUUCUGCCGUUGGUGCUGCUGCUACUGCUGUUGGUGGUGGUGCUGACGGGGUUGGUCGUGAUGGCAGCAGUGAUAAAGCGAGCAGCAAGAGUACGUUCUGGGGCCGGCGGAAGAGCAAGUCAGGCCCGCUCAAACCACGCAAAGGAGCGGCAGCGGCAGCAGCAGCAGCAGGGGGAGGAGGGGGAGGAGAAGGGGGCAAAGGAAACGGUUUAGGAGCCAUGCCGGAAGCUGCAGACAGCAAGGGCGAAGCGAGCGAAAGAGCAAGAGCAAGAGCAGGUGUGAGAGCACGGCGGGCAGCGUCCCCCCCUCCGCGCCUCUUGUCCAAGAGCCACACGGACACAGUCACAGGCAGAGAGAGGCACGGCGGGUGGAAGGCGUUCAUCAGCGGCGGUGGUGGCGGUGGUGGCGGCGGUGUUGCAUCGGCAUCAGGAUCAGCGGUGUCACGCUCUGCCAUGCACUCGCCACUCUUCUCCCCCGACCCCUGGGGCAGCAUCCAGGAGCCUUCCAUUGACUCCCCUGCUGCUGCUGCUGCUGCUGCUGCUCCUGUCUCUCCGUCUCUUCCCCCACCUCUCUUCCCACCUGGCCCUGCUGACUCCGCCCUUCUGCUCUCGGCUGGUAUUGCUGUUGGUUUUGCUGCUGCCCCAUCGGCUGCGGCAGCUGGGGUGGAUAGAGCAGGAGUGGAUGGUGUGAUUCCUGAACGUGCUGCUGCAUUCCAUGGCUCUUAUGGUGGCUCCUGGGAUGCUGCUGCUGCCGCGGCUGAUGUUGAUGGUGCUCCCUUGAUCACCUCUGGCCAAUCUCAACUAUCAGCAGCAUCAGCAUCAUCGUCUGCAGCAGCAGCAGCAUCACUAGCACCAUCUGCCCCACCCCCAUUACCGCCCGCAUCAGCGCACCUCCUGGCCCACCGCAGCCGCUUCAAGAGCCACUCCCUGCCCGGCCCCGACCGGGCAUCUGCAUCACCCUUCUCCGUCUCCCUCUUCCCCAAGUCGCAGUCCCACCCCGACGAACACACCGAGCGCCACCGGUACACGCACAGGCUCGCCCACGUGAGCUUCCAGGGCUUGCAGGGGUUGCAGGGGUUGCAGGAAUUGCAGAGCGAUGGCAGUGUGAGUGUGUCUCGAGGUUUCCAGCCUGGGUGCAAUCCUCUGAUGAGUGCGCUGAUUGGGAGAGGCGGUGGCUCUGCUGCUGGUUCGUCUCCUGCUACCGCUGUUGCGGCUGCUGGGUCUGCUGAUCGUGGUGCUGGUGCUGGUGGUGGUUAUUUUGCCUUUAAUGCAGAAAGCGCGUCCUUUGACACCAGCCGUCCCAGCAGCAGCAGGAAUCAGCGGCAUGAGCGCAGAGCCAGCGACAGCAACAUCAACAUCAGCAGCAGCAGCACCAGCUCACUACCCCCAUGGCUGCCCCCCGGUCUGGCAUCCGUGCAUGCAGCAUCAGCAGCAGCAGCAGCGUUUCUGAGUGUGGCUCGAGCACCCUCGGAUAGGUCCGCGCUGCUGCUCGAAGCAGAGUCAGGCCUCGUUGUGGCUGCCAGCCAUGCUGCUGUUGCACACGCCUUUCCGAACUCCGCUGCUGCUCACAGCACUGUUGCAGCUGCUGCUUCUGCAGCCGCUGCUGCUGCUGCUGCGGCUGCUGGUGCUGAUGGGGAUUAUGACUAUUAUUAUGGGGAUGGUUACAAAGGUUAUGGCUAUGACACUUCUGCUGUUGCUGCUGCAGCUGCUAACACGUCUGGUACCGGUCCUGCUGCUGCUGCUGCUGCUGCUGCUCAAGUUGCGGCCAUUCGCAGAGGCGAAGAGAGAAGGAUGGGCGGCGGGGAAGGGGCGGGGGAGAGGGAGAGAGAAGUGCAGCUGGAGGGGAGGAGAGUGUGGGAGCUGAGUGGGGGGCGGAUGAGGCCUCUGGACUGGCAUAUGGCGAUGGAGUCACUGGAACGCGCCGAGUCCGUCAAGAUCAGGUGGGUGGGUGAAUGAGUGGGUGGGUGGGUGGUUGGGU